AUGGCUGCAACAGAAGUCAAACUACCUGUCCGCUAUCCCGGAGAAUCGGACGAAGCGCAUCCCUAGAUCUUCACAGUUAUGCCUCCUCAACCGAAAGAAAAGAAACCCGGCCAGUUACCCGAGAGUGUGGUCAAGCAAUUCUUUGAAGGGGGUUACGCUGUUGUUGAAAAUUUCUUCAAGAAAGAAGAGCUGGGCGCUUGUCGGGCUGCUAUUGAGGAGUUGGUUGAGGAAGUGGCUCAAAAACUUUACAAGGCGGGGAAAAUAAAAAAUCUCUACAAAGAAGAGGGCUUAUUCAGCAGGCUUAUAAAACUAGAGGAGGAGUUUCCAGGAGCUAAUGUUAUACUUCUCAAGACUGGUAGACUUCCACAGGCUUUCCGUGACCUUUGGUUCAAUGAACGCCUUCUUAAUGCCGUGGAGCAGCUUAUUGGUCCAGACAUUGCCGCAAGUCCUGUUUGGACCCUCCGAUCAAAAACGCCCAACAACGAAGCGAAAACAGUGCCAUGGCACCAAGAUUGUGGGUAUCUAGACAACGACUCAUACAAAGUACUGAUACCUACAGCGUGGAUUCCUUUUCUAGACGUCAAUGAGGAAAAUGGAUGCAUGGAGGUGGCUGCAAGAGGUCACAGACCAGGCAAGAUUGCAAGACACACGUGUUGUUCCGGGGACACGUGGUAUGUUACGCUGGAUGAAGCCGAAAUGGAAAAAGCAUUGGGUUCUAACUUAAAAACGGACGUCAAAUUGUGUGAAGUUACUUAUGGUAGAAUGUUACUUAUUAACAACAUGAUUCCGCAUCGGAGUCUAAACAAUGUAUCCAAUGAGAUACGCUGGAGUAUCGACUUACGGUGGCAAGAUCCUUCUAAACCUUACGGAUUUUAUGGUCUCAAAGAUGGCAUCCUUAUGAGGACAACAAAAGAUCCAAACCACAAAAUAGACUGGGAUUCGUUCGACUCUGUUGACAGACACCAAAUAGCAAAAUCCGAAAAUGAGCAGAUCCAUGAAGAUGAAUUCGACACCACCAUCCAGGGACCAUGGAUGAAGAAAUGGGAGCUCGUACAUCAGAACAGACACACGGACAAGCUGUAUAAAACAGCUGGAACGACUUCACACAAAGAAUAAAUCUGACAUUUGCUGCUACCACAUAGAUGACGCUGUCAAAAAAUCAAGCAACAACUUUGUCAGUGAAUUAAUCAGUGUGAUAGGGCCUACUUUAUUAUCUAUAAAUAAAACUGUUAUAAAUAGUAUGUACGAUAUUUCAAAUGUGCAAUUUACAGCUCAAAAUAAUAUCAUAGACAUAAGUAAAAUUAAAGGUACAAAUCCGUUUUAAUCGUAGUAUUACAAAAAUUAAUAUUUUGCAUCAGGGUCGGAUGGAGAUUUUCUUUAGAAAGGAGGUGCAACUUCCAAAAAGGGUACUUACAGUAAUCAUACCCAUGGGGGAAAACCCUUUGUUUUUCGAAAAAUGAACCCAGCGUGCUGUAAAAGGUUUGCCACCUAAAAUCAUAUCUAUAUAUAUCUAGGAUCACA